UGCUUGGGCAUUCAGCUUCCUUCCUUCUCUAUGUUCUCUUCUACAUAGAAAACUGAGGCCUGUUUUCAUCUGUAGACAGUAAAGAUCUUGAAGAAUCGGAAUACCGAUAUUGUAUGGUAGUAGUUCUCAAGUGAUCGGUGGUGUUUGCCUUUGAGCCCAGCACUGAGGCAGAGGCAAGUGGAUCUCUGAAUCAAGGCCAGUCUGGUCUAUGGAGUAUGUUACCAGUUUUGUAACUGUUAACAAUGAUGGAAUGAUGGUCAUCGUUGAACCUGCAUGAGAGUGGUUCAUUGGAAUCUCCUCCUUGCUGCGGAAAGAAGCAUGGUUGUGAGCAGGAAUCUGAUUAUGAUCAGUCAUACAGACCUUCGUGCUCUCUGAAGAGUGUAUUUGGCCUCAGGAUGUUGAGGACUUAGAACUGUAUCCGCAGAGCUCCUUCAUCUCUUCUGGUUUAUGUUUGGAGGUCAUCAUCACAUCCUCAGGAACAGGUUUCCUUUAAAGUACAGCCUGAGGUUGUUAGAGUUGCUGGGUGGAGAUUCAGUGAAUGAAGAUAAACCAAGUCAAAGAAACACCUGGCGAGCCUUUGAUGAGCUAUUGGGAAAGUCUGCUCAAAUUAUCCUUCCUGCAGUUUAUUCCUAAGUGUGAAGGUUUGAACAGGCCAAUGAGUAUUCUCAUCAUCGAGGCAUUUUAUGGAGGCUCCCAUCGACAGCUGGUAGACCUACUCCAAGAAGAAUUAGAGAGUUGUGUCCUCUACACUCUUCCUGCAAAGAAAUGGCAUUGGAGAGCAAGGACAGCAGCUUUAUACUUCUCACAGAGUAUUCCCAGCAGCGAGCACUACAGGAUCCUUUUUGCAAGCUCAGUACUUAACCUGGCUGAACUAGCUGCCCUUCGGCCUGAUCUGGGAAAACUGAAAAAGAUCUUAUAUUUCCAUGAAAACCAGUUGGUAUAUCCUGUCAAGAAAUAUCAGGAGAGAGAUUUUCAAUAUGGAUACAAUCAAAUUCUCUCAUGUUUGGUGGCUGAUGUGGUGGUAUUCAAUUCCAUUUUUAAUAUGGAAUCAUUUCUUACUUCCAUUGGAAAAUUCCUAAAGUUGAUUCCUGAUCACAGACCUAAGGAUCUGGAAAGCAUAAUCAGACCCAAGUGUCAAGUUAUUUAUUUUCCCAUCAGGUUUCCUGAUGUGAGCAGAUUCAUGCCCAAGCACAAAAUAGCCCACUUAAGGAGGAUGCUCAGCCUUAAUGGAAAUGGUGUUGCUGCUCUGCCCGUGAUGCCUCCUUUCCAGCCAGAGCAGAGGGAUUCUAAGAAGUUAUUGGAGAAUUUUAAAUCACAGUCUGAGGAACACCCUGACCUUGAUGCAGGACAGGAAACCCUGGACAAUCCAUCUAUCCAGAAACCAGGCUUGGAGAAGUCAAGUUUGUCAGAAGAUAAUUCCGGCUUUCUUCCUAUGAGCAACUGUCUAGAUAUUGAUCCCAGCAACCUUUUGUGUGGAGCUCAUGAUCAGCAGAGACCAUUGCAUAUCACAUGGCCUCACAGGUGGGAGCACGACAAAGAUCCUGAGGGUUUCUUUAAGGUAUUAAUGCAUCUGAAGGACCUAGGACUCAACUUCCAUGUCUCUGUCCUUGGAGAAACUUUUACAGAUGUCCCAGAUAUAUUUUCAGAAGCCAAAAAGGCACUGGGAUCUUCAGUCUUACACUGGGGCUACUUACCCUGUAAAGAAGACUAUUUCCGAGUACUGUGCAUGGCUGAUGUUGUCAUCUCAACAGCUAAACAUGAAUUCUUUGGAGUAGCAAUGUUGGAGGCUGUGUACUGUGGCUGCUACCCACUCUGUCCCAAAGACUUGGUUUAUCCUGAAAUAUUUCCAGCUGAGUAUCUGUAUUCCACACCUGAACAGCUUUCAAAGAGGCUCCAGAGUUUCUGCAGGAGACCAGAUAUUAUAAGAAAACAUCUUUAUAAGGGUGAAGUGGCUGCAUUUUCUUGGGCAGCCCUACAUGGCAAAUUCAGGUCUCUGCUCACAACAGAACCCAGGGAAGAUUUGUGACAGAUGGGGCUAAGUCACAAACUUGCAGCCUAAGGCAGAAUCUGAAGAACUUUCCAGAGUGUGCCCAUAUUUACCUGAUCAGAGAGAAAAGAAAAUCUGCAGAGGAAGCCGAGCCUGGCUGCUUGUCAUAGCUGACACAGAGCCAUCUGCCACAAACCUGUGGCGGCUUCAGAUCUCCAAUCCCUGCCACCACCCCAACUCAAAUUAAAUACAGAUUCCUAGAGACGUUAUGAUGGUUACACAUGUCCUCGGCAUCACAUGUAGGAGACUGUUCAAAAAAAAUAUGUGGCCUGUUGUAUAACCGCACUCAUGUAUCCCAUAUGUGGUGCCACAUUGAAUUUCCGGUUGAAUCCGUUUUUAUCCUUUGUACUGGAUGACAUGGUGCCUGAAUUCUUUCUUUCUGCCGACGCGAUGGCAGCCAAACUGCAGCUUCAAACACUCACAUUUGGCUGAGUUUCUACCUGGGUUGCCAGGUUAUCAUCGGAGCCUUCUUGUGUCCUCAAAGGGCCACAGGGCCUAGAAAGAGGAUCAGAAUGCUCCUGAACUAAUUGGGCAGCCAUCUCAAAGCUGCUGUAGGCAAAGGGCUGCUUUAGCACUUUUCUUUUAGCAAAUUAAUGACUCUCUGGCACAGGAAUUUUUAAGUGAAGGUAUUAAUAAGGGGUCUGGCAGGUAUUCCCAUGAUUCACAGAGUUUCAUUUGCAUUUAAUUAAUCUUAAAGAAACUUGCAAGAUAAACAGCUGUAAUGCAGACAAACAUGGCAGAUACAGUGAGUGAAGGCCUCUCAUCCAUAAAAUGAGCACGAGGUACUUGUUCUACAUUUUCUUCUUAGGGGUAAAAAUAGAGAAAUCAAAAUGCUUCUGACAAAGCCAUAAUUUGGUACAAAUAUUCUUCAAAAAUAUUUGCGUCCAACUACAAAUACACUCUUUCUGAGCUACGUCACUUAUGACUCUUGUACUCAUGCUGCUCUGUUUGUUGGCGUAAAGAUAUUUUAAAUGGCUGGAUUGUAAAAUAAAUUUUUAAUAAACUACCCGCUGUAAUUUUAA